GCUGGGAAUUCGAUACACCGAUGCCAAGCUGGUUAAAAAAAGCGAUGGAUCGACACGAAACAUUAACAACCUCGCAGACAGAUCCUUUAGAAAAAUUAACUAGCAAAACAGAUUUCAUAUCCGAAGAAGAAUUUUCAGAACUUAAUGCCAUAUUUUCAGAUGUUCUUAAUAUUGGACAUCAGAAUGAUUGGACAGUGUUAGAGCCUGUCGCUGAAAGAUGUUUGCAAUCUCUUGCAAAGCUGAAUAAUGAACAGAUCCGUAUGAUAGGUGAAAUGGUUAAGUAUGAAGGAAUACAUGGGGCAGUUUGUAAACUUCGGAAAAUAAUCCAAAAUAUCGAAGAAUUGAACAUAGAAGAACCUGAUCUGUUUGAUGACGAACCCACAAAUAAUAAAACACUAUCAUUGGUUCUUGAAGAGAAUGACUAUCUUGAUAAAGAGGUGGGAUACAUCUUAGAAUUGGUUCGUUACACAUGUGAAAUGUUAGACAAAAGAAUUCCGCAACGAAAAAACUCCGAAAGGGACAUAGAUAUGUUCAUCAAAAGACACAUUUUUGCUUGUUUCGACGAUAUUCUAGAUACCCAUUUUGGAGAGAUGGUUUCUAGAUCAUCUCGAGAUCGACGAAGUGAAGCAUCAGAUGCCCCGGAUAAGGUUGAAGGGUUUCACCUAGAUUGGAUGUUCACGAAACAUGAUCUUGGAAUAGACAUACCAUAUGGCCGAGAAUUGUCCUUAUGUGAGCGUGCAGGCUCUAAAGUAGAUAACGACACCAAGAAUUUUUCAGACAUUCUUAAGGUUUUAAAAACACUCAGAGAUAUGCACAGAAGCCUAGUCAAAGCAAUUGCUAUCGAAAGUGGGGGAGCACUUUCAAAGCAAGUUUUAAAUGCUUGUAAUAAAUUAAUUAUGCCCGGUUUCGCAUCAUCGUGGUUCUACUUUCGUGCUGUCCUUAUAAUAUAUGUAGGAGGUGGAUUCUACGCAUCAUUUGAGUUGGGAAAGUUCGAUAUCCCUACUUCAUAUGAUGAGAUUUGGAAGCUAACUAAAAUUGCACGCAUUAUGUUACAAAUUAAGAAACUGUUGCGUUUCACAGUUUCUCGAUUCAAACGUAUAAUGGAAAGAGCUGAAAAAGAAAAGUUUAUUCCCGGAAAAGUAACAAUUAUUGAAGCAAAGGAAUCCCGCACACCAAAAAAGCCGAAAAAACCAAAGUCUGAAGAAGCAUGA